AUGACGGUCUCACCGCCAGCGUCGCCAACGGGGGCCACCCCGCGGCCCAUCAGCACGGUGAUGCGCACGCCGCGCAGCAGUAGUCGAUUGAGCAUGAGCAGCAGGCAAGGUGGAAGUCGGGCAUCAGAUGAGGAUGGCAAGACUGCCGUCAAAGUCGCUGUCCGAGUGCGACCGCCUCUCAAGCCCACCGAUCCCGGAUAUGAAUUGAUUCCCCAGAGAUUCCAGCGCUCCAUGGUGCACGUCACGGCUCCGACGAGCUUGGCGGUGGAUGUGCCGCAGGGCCGAAAGCUCUUUGUUUUCGAUCGUGUUUUCCCAGAGACGGUGGACCAGGAUGGCGUUUGGGAAUACUUGAAUGAUAGCGUGAACUCUUUCGUUCAGGGAUACAAUGUUUCCCUGCUAGCAUACGGCCAAUCCGGAGCAGGAAAAUCAUACACAAUGGGCACCUCGGGUCCCAAUGAACAGAGCAAUGCAGAGGCAAUGGGUAUUAUCCCCCGUGCUGCACAGGCCUUGUUUGAAAAGCUUGACGGACCGUCCAAACACACUCGCAAUAGCUCCAGCUCCACUGGACUUCGAACUCCGCAACGGUACUCAAUGAGCUCGGCCUCGAGCUUUGGAAAGGUCAAUGUUGAGAAGAACUGGCAGUUGAAGGCAACUUAUGUCGAGAUCUACAACGAACAUCUCCGCGAUUUACUCCUUCCCGACUCUACUCCCACCAGCGAUCGCAGCACUGUGACUAUUCGCGAAGAUGCCAAGGGGCGCAUCAUCCUCACCGGUCUGCACCAAGUCACCAUCAACUCAUUCGAUGAUUUGAUUGGCGCUCUGAAUUUCGGCUCGGCCAUCCGCCAAACCGAUUCCACUGCUAUCAACGCCAAAUCGUCACGAUCGCACGCCGUUUUUAGCUUGAACCUCGUUCAACGAAAAUCUGGGGGCAACCAAGCGGCCGCUUCGCCGAAGGAAAAGCGCAUGUCGAUGCCCGUCGAUUCGUUCUCUGGUGGGGGCGACUCGAUUACCGUCGACAGCAAACUGCACUUCGUGGAUCUGGCGGGUAGCGAACGUCUGAAGAAUACCGGCGCCUCUGGGGAGCGUGCUAAGGAGGGAAUUUCGAUCAACGCAGGACUUGCGGCUCUCGGAAAAGUCAUUUCGCAACUUUCUUCGCGCCAGUCGGGCUCGCACGUAUCAUAUCGUGACUCCAAACUCACCCGUCUUCUCCAGGACUCUUUGGGCGGCAAUGCCUUCACCUAUAUGAUUGCUUGCGUUACCCCUGCCGAAUUUCAUCUGAGCGAAACCCUCAACACAGUCCAAUAUGCGCAGCGCGCUCGGGCUAUCCAGAGCAAGCCCCGAAUUCAGCAGGUCGCCGAGGAGGGAGACAAGCAUGCGCUGAUUGAGCGCCUCAAGGCUGAGGUCGCUUUUCUUCGACAACAGAUCCGCAAUUCCGAAGGAUCUGAACGCAGGGACGCAUCGUCAACAGAGCGCAGUGAACGCAAGAAUGAGCGGGAAAUCCAGCUGCAGAACCAAUUACUGGAUGUUCAGGAGAGCUACAAUGCCUUGAGUCAGCGCCAUACCAAUCUCAUUUCGCAUCUGGCCAAUGACUCGGAAAAGGCCAAUGGAGAGCCAGAUGAAAUGGCCUCGGAUAUCGGGGAGACCUCUGUGGAGCGAAUGCAGCGCUCGCGCUCAUUCGCUGAAUCCGUGGAGCAAGUUGUUCUCGAAUAUGAGAAGACCAUUCAAGCUCUGGAGUCUUCUUUGUCUGAUACCCGAUCCUCUUUGGCAACCACGGAGAGUACUUUGCUUGAGCGAGAGACCAAGUGCACUUACGUUGAGACGGUAAACGCUCAACUGCAAUCCCGUAUUCAGAAGUUCUUGGACCGGGAGGCUAGCACUGAAAGCUACCUCCAUGAACUGGAAUCCAAGCUUGACGGCGCUUCUACUGGAGAAGAGAAGCAUGCGGCCAUCGUGGCUGAGUUGCGCAAGGAGAUCAGCCGGGCCCGGGAGAAUGAGGCCGGCUGUGAGGAAUACAUUUCCACGUUGGAAGAUCGCCUUGCUGAGGCAGACCAGGAUAUGGAGCUGAUGCAGCGCGAGGUCAUUCGCCUGGAGCAUGUCAUCCAGCGCCAGAGAGGCCUUGGUCAAUUAGACCAUCUACUUCAGGACCUCGACUCUCGUCACCACCAGGGUGGGCAGCACAACAAUGGCACCAAUGGUGUCGAUUCUUCCUAUGCCCCCACUCCCACGAAGUCCAAUCAAUUCCAUCGGCAUACUCCGUCCUUGGAUGUUCUCAACGAGGCUGCUGAGACUGCCAUCCCUGAAUCCGACGAAGAUUUCGCCGAGCCCAUUCCAGAGGUCGACGAGGACUCUGCUGCAGAACCUGAGCAGCCUGCUGAGUCUGCGGAUGAUCUGAAAGUCCUCGAAAGUGUCACUAGCAAAUUGGACGCACGUCGCAACGAUGCUCUGCGCGAGGAGCCUGUCUCUAGUCCUGCCCAAUCUCAGUUUGUUGCCGACAAGCUGGAAACUGUUACACAGGAGCUCUUCGACCUACGUCUCACCCAUGAGAGUACCAUCACCGACUAUGAGCUGCUCGAGUCCAAGUAUGAAGAUGCGAUGAAGGCCCUGGCUGCGCUCCGCCAGGACAAACUUGACGAAGCCCGUCACCCGGCCCCGAGUGUUCAAAAUGAGACUUCUCGGCCGGUUUCUUUUUUAGAGGAUGGCGCCGCUCCGACCUCGAAGUCUGGAGCACAACACUCAUUCUCGCAAUCGCUCUCCUCGGAAUUGUCAUCGGCCGAGGGCUCGGCUGUAUUGCGCGACUCAUCUAACGGGUCUAAGCUUGAGAAUCCCGAGACUCCAGUCACUCCCAUGGCAGCAUCUACCAUUGCACCAUCGGACGCUGAAGAUAUUGAGCGCAUGCGCAAGGUCCUUGCUGAGCACCAGGAAGGGGCGGACCUGAUGACCCAGAAGUAUGCUGAACUUCAAACUGAGCACGAGGAGAUUCUUGCGCUUGUUGAGAAGCUCAAGGCCGAGGCCGAGGCGCAGCGAGCCAAGACAAGCUCUCCCACCACACCUGGCUUCAAGAUGAUCCGCCGCAUGACCAGCCAGAACCUUCUGUCCGGCGUAGACCGCGCUCACCGUUCUCUUAGCUCGCUUCGAACCCUUGCCAACGAGGAGUUUUCUAGCAAGCCUGAAACCCUACAAAAUUUCGAAGUCCACUUGGAUGCUACCAUGCACGAGCUGGCUACCCGCAUGGAGCGGCUCCAGUCCCUGGAAGCCGAGAACCAAAGUGUCAAGAAGGAGAUGGAGAUGAAGUCCACAAUAAUUUCCGGUCUUACGCGGGAGCGCUCCAGUUUGCAGGGUGGUGGUUCUUCUGUCGACAUGGGUCUAGUGGGCCAGCUCCGUGACCAGAUUGUUGCCCAGGAGAACCAAAUCAAUGACCUCCGACAGGCCCAUGAGGCUCGCGAAAAGCAACUGUUGGCCGAGAUGGAGACUCUAACUGGUCUUCUGAAAAGUCAGGAGGUUGCCACCAAGGCCAUGGAUGCUGGUGCUGAGGAACAGGACAAGAGAAUUGGUGCACUGGAGGGUGAGCUUACUGAGUGGAAAGGCAAGCACCAGAACGCUCUCCAAUCUCUUGAAUCCUCUGAGAAACAACUCGCUACUACUCUCGCCGAGCUUGAAACUGCGCUUGCCUCCGUGGAGACGAUGCGUUCCGAGCGUACUGUCCCUGACGGUGCGGCUGAUAAGGAUGCCACUGCACAGGCUCUGGAAGCCGAGCGAGCCAAACAGCAGGAGCUUGUGGAAGGUCUCAAGAAGGACAUCGACGAGCACAAGUCCACCAUCGCCACCCAGCUUGCAACUAUUGCCGAACUCGAAAAGUCGCAUGCUUCUGCUCAGGAUCAGCUAUCUGUAGCCAAGGGAGCUGACGGCGGCCUAGCCGACGUUCAGGAAGCACGGAUUACCGAGCUUGAGAAAGAGAUUUCUGGGCAUAAGUCCGUUAUCGAAUCUCACAGGUCUGACCUGGAAUCUCUGCAGUAUUCUCACAAGAAGGAACUGGCUGAACUCGAAGAGCGAACCAAAGCCGCGGUACUGGCCGAGCACGAGUUCCGCAUCGCUGAGAAAGAUGCCGAGCAUGAUAAGUCCAUGGAAGCCUUGCAGAAAGACAUUGCCGACUCGCGCGAUGAGCUAGUUAAACUCAUCAAAUCUGUCUCGAGCCUACUCAACUCGGACGUCACGGCCGAGACUAUGGCCGAUCAGAUCCAAGAUGUUCUUGCCCAGAAGCAGCAUUUCUCUGACAAGUAUGCUGAGUUGAUGGACACCAACGAGGAUCUUCGCAAACAGAUCGACGGUGUGAACAUUGAGGAGAUGACGAAGAAGAGCUCCGCCCAGGAUGCCAAGGUUAAUGAGCUGGCUCUCUUGGUUGCCACACUGGAGGAUACUCUUCGCCAGAAGGAUGAACAGGUCAAGAAGAAGGAGGCAUUGGUCGAAGAGAUCACGGCUGAAAAGGAAAAGAGUGUGCGCCUGGUGGAAGAACUUGAGGAGCAGAUUACCAACAGCUUCGACCAGCACCACAACCGCUUGUCUGUCAUCCAACAAGAACGCGACCAGGCCCUGGAGGAUGCCAAGACCCGGAUUGUUGUUCUCGAAAAAGAAAUCGAGACCUACCAAGUCCGCAUUGAACAGCUGGAGCUCCAAGUCAAGAACAGCGGCACUCAAGAUGGCUCUCAUGACCGCAAGCUCAUCUGCCGCAUCUCUCCCUUCCCCUCCUCCUCCGGCUAUUCCUCUCCCCCUCUCCCCACUAUUGCUUCUCAGAGCAAUGGCAGCGUGUCUCCUCCAAGCUCCCGCCAUGCCAGUAAGGAGCUCGUGAACGCCCAGCUCGUCGAGGACCAAGAAGCUCGCAUUCGAACCAUCGAGAAGCAUCUCUAUGCGGAGAAACAGCUGACUGCUACCCUCGAAGAGGCCCUUGGCGACCUCGAAGCCCAAAGCAGCAAGGUGAAGUCCGACUGCGAGGGUUGGAAGAAAAAGGCCUGGGGUCUCGAAGAUGAAUUGGCCACUCUUCGCAAGGAGCGCAAUUCCGCCCGUCUUUCACUCCAGGCUGUCGAGGAAGAGCGCAGUGCUCGAAAGGAGGCCGAGGCUGCGCGUGCCCAGUUGGAGGAGCGAAUGAACGCACUCAACAAGAAAAAGAAGAAGAGCACGCUGAACUGCUUCUAA